AUGCAAAUCUUCGUCAAGACCUUAACUGGUAAAACAAUAACCUUGGAGGUGGAAUCCUCGGAUACUAUUGACAAUGUUAAAUCCAAAAUUCAAGAUAAGGAAGGAAUCCCUCCUGACCAGCAGAGAUUAAUUUUUGCUGGUAAGCAAUUAGAAGAUGGUAGAACUUUGUCAGACUAUAACAUCCAAAAGGAGUCGACAUUGCAUUUGGUUUUGCGGUUAAGAGGUGGUAUGCAGAUUUUUGUGAAGACCUUGACUGGUAAGACUAUUACUUUAGAGGUUGAGUCUUCCGACACUAUUGACAAUGUUAAGUCGAAAAUCCAGGACAAGGAAGGUAUUCCUCCUGACCAGCAGAGAUUAAUUUUUGCUGGUAAGCAAUUAGAAGACGGUAGAACUUUGUCAGACUAUAACAUUCAGAAGGAGUCGACAUUGCAUUUGGUUUUGAGAUUGAGAGGUGGUAUGCAGAUUUUUGUGAAGACCUUGACUGGUAAGACUAUUACUUUAGAGGUUGAGUCUUCCGACACUAUUGACAAUGUUAAGUCGAAAAUCCAGGACAAGGAGGGUAUUCCUCCUGAUCAGCAAAGGUUGAUUUUUGCCGGUAAGCAAUUAGAAGAUGGUAGAACUUUGUCAGACUAUAACAUUCAAAAGGAGUCGACUUUGCAUUUGGUUUUGCGGCUAAGAGGCGGUCAACUAGGAUCGGUAUGCUGA